GUUUGAAGAUGAAUGUCAUUAAUGUACCAAGAUUCAUUUAUUUAUUUGCAAAAUCAGAUAUUUUUUCUUUAUAAUGUAAAACUAAUUGUGAUAUUUACGCUAUUGUCGUGGUACACUUAUAAUUAGUAUACUAUUUAAUUAAUCUUUAUAUCGUCAUUAUUUUAUUUUAAAAAUGGCACAAUGUAAACAAACUCCACAAGAAUUUAUAAAAAAUGCAUUUACGCCACAAAUUGCUGUUAUGUGCUCCCCUCUUGCAGAUAAAUGUUGCCAGAAAAAUAACUUGGACUUUAUCGAAAUGUUACAACCCUACUCCACAUUGAACAAUGAAGUGCAAUAUAGAGACCCUGCAAAGAUUACAGUGAGCUUAAGUAAUCUAAAACUAACAUUCCAGGAUAUAAACUGGCAGCCACCACAAACUCCUGUCGCUAGAAAACUUCUAAAUGCUGCAGUUAGUGGAGCACCAGAAAGUCAAACAGAGACAAUACAUAUUGGAAACUAUUCCCUAACCAUCCCUCAAUCAACACCUUGGUAUGAGGCGUGGAGGGAAACAUUCUUAAAUGUGCAAUACCCCUCAGAUCAUGAGUUUACAAAACAUUUUCUUGCUUGCAUGUUGGUUGUUAGCUCAGAUGAUAAUAAUCCAUUAGAGACAUUCAGUCAGCUUAUACACAGUCUCAAUCAGGUGCAAAACUCAACACCAACAAAGUUACCAAAGUGGUUUAAUGCAAACAUACUCAAGUAUUAUGUUAUUCUUCAUGACAAUAUGGAUGGAAAUAGUGCAGCGGCAUUGAAGGCCUUUGAAUCAGUAAAAUUAUCGUAUGGUAUUCAAAACUGUUUUUUAUUGAGAAUAAAUUCAAGAUCACCAAAAACGCUCAAUCUAGAUUAUGUACCUGACCCUUGGAGUCAGUUUGUUAACAAUCAAGUGAAUUUAAAUGAAUCAAAUUGUAUAAAAUCAUCUUUAGAAAUUGGGCAAGAGGCAGAAGAAAUAAAAACCAAUACUUAUCACCCUUUAAGUCCUGUUAGUGAUGAAAUGCCUGUGGGAGAUUUCAUGAAUGAGGAAGAAAAAGCCAUGAAUUCUGUAAAUGAAACAGUGCAUGGAGCAUGUCUAUCGUCAGAAGAUGUAGACCAAUUAAAAUUAUUAGUGUAUGAAUUUAGUAGAAGUUGCUUACUACCAUAUGUAGAAAAGCAAAUAGCUACUUUGAGUGAUGUAAUUUCAAAUAAAAAAGGAAUGAGUAAAUCAUUAUUCAGUGCAACCAAAAGAUGGUUCAGCCCCAAUAAACCUGGAGCUAGUUCUGUGGCUGUAAAUAACUUGAUAUAUCCUAUAGAUUCAACAGAAUUACAAAUAAGGAAGCUAGGCGAUUUAUAUUUUAUGUUUGGCAAUUACCUAUCAGCAUUCCAGGCGUAUCAUUUAGCAAAAAGGGAUUACAAUACUGAUCAAGCUUGGCUGUAUUAUGCUGGAGCUCUAGAAAUGGCAGCUCUGUCAUCUUUUAUGGCAAACGAACCUAAUAGAAAAUCUGCUGAUUAUAUGGAAGAAAGUAUUUUAACAUAUCUGAAUACUUGCAAAAUGCCACAGUUUGCCACAAGAGCCACAAUUCUCAGUUCAGAAUGUCUUAAAGAACAAACUUUAUUUGGAGAAGCAGCUUUCCAACUAAUAAGAAUGACCAGUGAAGAGUCUGACCUAAGGUCUGCAUUGUUACUUGAACAAGCGGCGUACUGUUUUCUGGACUCGAAAAUGGUACGAAAGUACGCAUUUCAUAUGGUAUUGGCAGGUCAUAGAUUCUCGAAAGCUGCACACCGAAAACACUCUUUGAUGUGCUACAAACAGGCAUACCAGAUAUACGAAAAUACAGGCUGGAACCUUGCAUCUGAUCAUAUUCACUAUACUAUAGGAAGACUUGCGAAUAAUCUUCAACAAUUCGAUGAAGCUAUAGAUUAUUUUUCUAAGUUGCUUGAAGGUGAGAGCAAGCAAAGUGCUCAACAACAGGCUAUGUUCCUCAAGGAGUAUCUGACAAUAUUAGGGAACAAAUUGAAGUCGACGAAUGAAGAGAAUACGCUUCCCAUUUUACCGGUACCUAUACUACAUCUCAAUUCUUUAAAAGUACUUGUUGGACCUACGAGACCACUUUCAACUCCAGGCAAAGUUCACGCAUUAGGAAUAAAUUUUAAUAGUAUAGAUGACACAGCAACAGAGAGUAAAUGGCAAAAAUUAGAAGAAAUGCUCAUUCAGGAAGCCCAAGACUCACUUCCGAUAGUAUUCAAACCAAGUAUAACACUGUACACAGUCAAAAAACUAGACAAAAACAAACCUAUAGCAAUAGUAAAUGAGACUAUCCAAAUUAUGUUUAAAUUAUCGAAUUCGUUGCAAACCUUAUUGCAUCUAAAAGAUACAUACCUCUUGUGGAGCUUUUCUAACAAAGAGGAAACUAUAUCAAAUGAAACACAAGACGAAAGUUUAAACAGUUUCGUGAAAACCUACAUGACAAAAACAUACAUGAUCGAUGGUAAUUCGUAUCAGCAUGUAAUACUUACUGCAAUCCCUUUGCAAACAGGUACUAUAACGAUUAAGGGGGUUUGCUAUACAUUGACAGGAUCAAGUGGUACAAACGAAAGUAGUUCCAUAAAAGGGAAGCAAGUUAUAGAAAUACCACCUAGCAAAAGUGAGAAAGUUCUUGUUAAUGGGGAAGUUGCUAGUAAAGGUUUGGAAAUUACUGUUGUACCUCCUGCACCAUGUUUACAAGUGACGUUUUCCGAAAUAAACCUUGACUUUUUAUCAGACGAAGUCCAAAAAGUGACGAUAGAUUUCCAAAAUACCAGCUCAGUACCUUUAAACAAUAUUUAUAUGGCCACGUCUGUACCUCGACUACUCUGUAACUGUGAGAUUAAAGAAACGCCAGUAAAUUAUGAGAGUAUAAAUACGCCAGCUUUGAAAGAAAAAAUUAUGAGAAAGAAUCAUUUAAUGCGUGUACCUUUGCCAGACGGUGUUCUGGAACCUGGGCAGCUCUGCACCUUCAAUGUUUGGAUUAAGGCUCCAAACACCAAAGGCACCACCGAUAUAGAUUUGCUGAUCUAUUAUGAAAACUGCAAUAAAAAGGGCAAUCCAAAGUAUAGAUUGAUACGUCAUAGCUGGACUUUAUCUCUUCAAGAGUCUUUAGCGGUAGAUGUUUCAACUCAAGCUAGCUACAAUUCAAAGACGGUGGAAGAGCUUGCUUUAGCUAUGAAGAUAACAAAUUUGAACAAGCCCCAUAACUCUUUAUCAACAGAGGUGAUGCUUUUGAACGUGGGGCUACUCAGCAAAAACUGGACUUUAACGAAAGAUAUCGUUACCCCGAAAUACAUAAACCUUCUCUCUCAGGAGUCCGCACAUAUUCUACUUAAAGCUAAAAGGGUCGUGAGGUCAACCAGCGAAUAUUCCAACAUACCUCUCAGUACUGACAAAAAAAGUAUACAGAGCCUAAUGAAUACUUAUCUAGCAUUUGCCAGGAAGGUAGAGAAGCCUCACAUAACGAUGUUCGAUGAUUUGGAUUCAUUCAGUUUCAAAGAAAAUAAAGAUGGAGUAUUAAUUUUGCAGUGGCAAGCAAUAGUGAACGAAGCUACUAAGAAAAGAGUAGUGAAUGGUCAAUGUCAUAUACCGAUUGAAGUAACUAGGAAAGAAGAGGAUGUCAUACAGAUGGAAAGGAUACUUUCAGAUACAGUCAUAGAUAUCAAUAACAAAGCUAUAUCAGAAGAUGACACCAACCAAAAUGCUCAAAAACAAGUCAGUUUUAAUGUGGCCCAUCCUGCUAUGGUCAAGCACAAUUUUACGAAAGAUAAACUUUGCAUUGUGCCCGUGAAAUUGUUGCUCCACAGCAUAACAGACAACAAUGUUUUGUCUGUUGCUAUAAACACAACAGAUCCAAGCAAAAAACCAGCUACAAUCAACAAAUCAAACCUCUCUUCACCAUGUGCUUCCAGUACAUUUUCGUGGUUAGGAAAUGGCAAGGUGUUAAAAGUAUUACACCCUCUUAUGACAGAUACUGUCAAUUUGGCUGUCGUGUUAACCAGGCCAGGAACGUUUGAUUUAGGUGCUCAUAUACAAGUUUUAUGUAGAAAAUAUGACCAGUCAGAGCCUUACAUUCUUCAAUCAUGUCAAAUACACUCGUCACUUAUUGUCGUGGAUCAUAGUUAAUUUAUUGGUACUACUUUAUAACCGUUUUAAACUUUUUUUUGUUUAUAUAUAUAUGUUAUACUGAUUUAGGUAUUGUUACAUAUUGUAUAUUAUAUUAUUGAUUAUAAUAAAUUAUUGUUUUUA